UGUAAUUGAAGUAAUGGUUAAUGAUGAUGAAGAUUACAAUUCUUUCGACAUUGCUAUUCCUGAUGCUGACGAAGGCCAAGAUUUUGGAAGCUUAGAUUUGACAAUCCUUGCAGAUCAGAGAAGAGGUCUUGUUAAAACAGCUUUAAAAAAUAUAUUCAGACGGAUAAUAGGAACGAUGUAUUACCAGUUAUUGAUGAAACUAGAAAGAGGAGAUACCUUAGGUUUCAAUUUGGCAUCCCUUAUAGAAGAGAGAAGAGUUACUGGAAGAUCUCCAAAAAAUAUAAUCGAACGACGUGUAUUCGAUGGACCUGUAAGUGAUGUCUCUUUAUUCCAAAUGUGUCGUUUGAUGGGAUUAUACAUGAGUACACAAUUUCCAACAUCAUACAUAAAAGAGAUUUGGAUUGACCCCAUAAUUAAUACUUGUACCCUGGAUGAUGGAAUUACACAAAAAAGAUUCAAAAAAAUGAAUGGCGAAUGGUGGCAAAUAAGCCCAGAUGACGAUACAGUACGACCACUAGAGGAGCACUUAAGAUAAUUUAGACCAGGAAUCAAUUUUAUAAAUUUGGUCUAAAAAUUGUAUAAUA